CGGCUCAAUCUGACAUAGGUGGUUGCCGUUCACGUCGUUCACGCUAUAAAAAGAUACGGCAGCUGUACAUACAUAUGGUAUAUGGUACACAUAUGUUGUGCCAAAAAAUAUUUGUGAAUUUCAUUCAUUAAGCGGCAAGUGUUCGUGGUGAUAACAAAAAAUAAUUUAUUUUUGAACCUUUUUUUUCGUGAAAAUGUCGUCGUCCGUGUUUGCCAAUCUUGAGGAAGGAGCAAAAAUUGAAGUAUUUGCGUUGACAGCAACAUACAAUAGUGAUCCAUUUAAAGAUAAAGUGAAUUUAAGUGUCGGUGCAUAUCGAACUGCUGAUGGAAAACCUUGGGUGCUACCGGUCGUUAGAGCGACAGAAACAAAAGUCGCUACCGACAGCACAUUGAAUCAUGAAUACAUUCCAGUUACAGGACUCGAAGCAUUUACUAAAGCAUCGACUUUGUUGUUGUUGGGUGAGGAAUCUAAGGCAAUUAAAGAAAAUCGCGCCGUUGGAGUUCAAUCUCUUUCCGGUACUGGAGCUUUGAAGAUCGGAGCCGAGUUUUUAGCCCGCAAACUUGGCAGAAGUGUUGUGUAUUUCUCCGAUCCGACGUGGGAAAAUCAUUUCAAAGUCUUUGCUGGCGCCGGAUUCACUACAAUUAAGGAAUACAGAUAUUGGGAUCCAGUGUCGCGAGCUAUCAAUUUCGCCGGACUCCUUGAAGAUUUGAAUAACGCACCCGAGAACGCCGUUAUUGUUCUACACGCCUGUGCGCAUAAUCCAACCGGUUGCGAUCCGACGGAGGAGCAAUGGAAGCAAAUCGCUGAUUUGAUGGAAAAGAAGAAAUUGUUCCCGUUCUUCGAUUCGGCAUAUCAAGGUUUUGCAUCUGGUGACCCGAUCCGUGACGCCUUCGCUGUGCGAUACUUUGAAUCCAGGGGAUUCGAAUUGCUUUGCGCUCAAUCGUAUGCCAAAAAUUUCGGGCUUUAUUCUGAACGCAUUGGUAACUUGGUCGUCGUACAAAAAGAUAGCUCCACCUCGGCCGCUGUACUAUCCCAAUUAACAUUGAUUGUGCGAGCCACUUACUCAACUCCACCAGCUUAUGGUGCACGUGUCGUGAGCACAAUUUUGAGUAAUCCCGAUUUGCGAGAAGAAUGGAUGAAUUGCAUUCGAAUGAUGUCGUCACGCAUUCAACAGAUGAGACAGGCGUUGUUCGGUGAACUGACAAAAUUGAAAACACCGGGAACCUGGAACCACAUUGUCGAUCAGAUCGGAAUGUUCUCUUACACUGGACUGAAUGAACAACAAGUCAAAUUGCUGAUAAACGAGUAUCACAUCUAUUUGUUGUCAACGGGUCGGAUAAACAUGUGCGGAUUGAAUGAAAACAAUGUCGUUUAUGUGGCACAAGCUAUCCAUAAAGCUGUUACCACCAUCAAUUCGAAAAUUUAAAUUGGAACGGGAAGAAGAACGCCAAACGUUUCCAGCAUAGAAUUGUUUGUGUAAGAGGCUAGAAAGUUAUUCGUUUUUGUUUGACAAUAUUUAUCCGAGAGGCAGUAACCAGGUUAUGCCGUUAUUAUUUUGUAGAAGAAAAAGGUAUUUUGAAUGCAUUUACAUCGUUGAUUGAAUUUUUAAAAAAAUAUUUCGAAUAAA